UUUAGCUUUUCGUGUCAGCUCCACAGCACCACUGUGUGUUUAGGGAACACAAUUCAAUCCUGUGUCGCUGGUAAUCUAUUUAAACUGUAAAUGCUUUCCAAAGGAAAUAAUCUUAAAAGACAGAGUCUUUCUCGGGUCUCCAUCCAUCCCUGUGCAGGAAUAUGUUUGGUCUCUGGGUGACAUUAGCACUUAUUCGGGGAAGUUUGUUAGCAGGUCCCGGGCAAGGCGAGGUCGGUACCAGAGAGUGUGUGUAUUAUAAUGAUAACUGGCAAGCUGAGAGGACAAAUCAGAGUGGCUAUGAGAGAUGCGAGGGAGAUAAGGACAAGAGACAACACUGCUAUGCAUCCUGGAUCAAUUCUUCAGGAACAAUACACCUGGUGAAAAAGGGCUGCUGGCUCGAUGACUUCAACUGCUAUGACAGACAAGAGUGUGUGGCCACAGAGGAAAGCCCUCAGGUGUUUUUCUGCUGCUGCGAGGGAAAUUACUGCAAUGAAAGAUUCACACACCUGCCAGAAGUCACUGCGCCUGCAGUGAAGAUUCAGCCUCCUCCGGUGGGACCGUCCCUGCUUGGCGUGUUGGCGUACUCUCUUCUUCCUCUGCUUGUGCUGUCUCUGGCCUUGGUGCUCGCAUGCUGGACUUACCACCAGCGCAAAGCUCCGUACGGUCACGUGGACCUUAACCAGGGUGUGGGUCCUGCUCCUCCGUCUCCUCUGGUAGGUCUGAAGCCUCUGCAGCUGCUGGAACUAAAGGCAAGGGGGCGUUUCGGGUGUGUGUGGAAGGCUCAGCUGCUAACCGAAUAUGUUGCAGUCAAGAUAUUCCCUGUUCAGGAUAAGAAUUCAUGGCAGAACGAGAGAGAUAUUUACCUCACUGAGGGACUGAGACACGAGAACCUGCUACGCUACAUCUCUGCAGAAAAACGAGGAACCAACCUGGAAAUGGAGCUGUGGCUCAUCACCGAAUUCCACGAAAGGGGAUCUUUAACAGACUUUCUGAAGGGGAAUGUGGUGAACUGGUCUGAGCUGUGCCACAUUGCAGAGAGCAUGGCUCGAGGCCUUGCCUACCUACAUGAGGAUCUCUCCUAUAGACUGGAGGCACCCAAACCAGCGAUCGCACACAGGGACUUUAAGAGUAAGAAUGUGUUGCUCAGGACUGAUUUGACUGCUGUGAUUGGAGACUUUGGCCUGGCUGUUCGCUUCGAACCAGGAAAGGCACCAGGAGAUACUCAUGGCCAGGUCGGUACAAGGCGCUACAUGGCCCCGGAGGUGCUGGAGGGUGCCAUAAACUUUCACAGGGAUGCAUUUUUGAGGAUUGAUAUGUACUCUUUGGGCCUGGUGCUCUGGGAACUGUUGUCCCGCUGCACUGCUGCUGAUGGCUCUGUACAUGACUACAUGCUCCCGUUUGAGGAGGAGGUGGGUCAACACCCAUCUCUGGAGGAUCUGCAGGAUGUGGUGGUCCAUAAGAAGAUGAGGCCCAUGCUGAAGGACUGCUGGCUCAAACAUUCGGGAUUGGCUCAGAUGUGCGAGACAGUAGAAGAGUGCUGGGACCACGAUGCAGAGGCCCGUCUGUCCGCAGGCUGCGUGGAAGAACGCAUCAUAACCCUCACCAGGGCAUCCAACACCACCAACAGUUCUACCUCAGGGUCCCUGGUCUCCGUGAUCAUGAUAGACAGCGACUCAGCUUUACCACCGAAAGAGGCGAGCAUGUGAAUGGUGUCAAUCAGAGAGCGCUACACCACCACCAUCAAACCUCUUCAGUAAUGUCAACUUUGCUGCUCUUCUGGUACUUUAUAUGUGGACUUUAACCACAUCUGCAAGCAAAAUAUUUAUCAACAAGUACAAAUAAUAGUAAGGAUGAAUUCAGACGUGCGUGUGUGUGCGCUCGUGCACAUGCGCAGAGCUUCGCUGUGCUUUACACAAGGCAGUUCACCCAUUAAUUCUGGAGCAGUUUUUUUUUUCACCCAAAAAAGUAGUUGUUGAUUUUGCUUGUGGAUCUUUUAAUAACUUUCGCACAAAUUUACUUCCAUAAUUUCAUUUUUAUUUGGAAUUUUUAGUAAAUUUCACACUACUUCUGCUGUACACUCGCAUUGAUAAAGCUCAUACGCACAACAAGCUGAAGCCUCGUACACAAUCCAAUGACCAUUUCACAGUGCACUUGUUACCUCAUGUUUUUUUUUCUUUUUGGACUUUUAGGAUUCAAAUGUGAACUGUAAAUGAGUUUACUUGUUUUCUAAUAUCUGCAUCCACACCGCGAAUACCUCCGUUCAAAGGACUCGGCUUGUGAAAUCUACAUUCCUCGCCUGUCUUUAUGCUGUUGAUCAGUGACUCGACAAAGUGGAACGAGAAGCUAAAGACUGUUACACAAAGCCGACCUCCGUUUGCUCGAGUACCUCUCUUAUUACUCAGUGAUCUUUUUUAAUAGUUGCUCGAAUCUUUAGUUUCUCUGUGACGAUGUUUGACGUGUUUUAUGAAGAACGAUCUGUUCCUUAGGAAUUUGAGAGAGCAGUUGUCUGGAACACUGGAAUCAAAAGGCAGCAGGACUGUUUUGGUUUUAUUCAGUAUUGCUAUAUUUUAGUGUAGGUUCUGAUUAUCUGCUGUUUGAUGGUUUUAUCAGGCAGAUUAAAACGGAGGUCUGGGAAAACCUUUCACAUGUCACUACUGAGACAAAGUCUGGAAAACGUGCAAUAACAAUGAGCCAAACAAGCCAGUACAAUACAUCUCAAUUUUAAGUAGGUAUUAAUAUAUUUUAUAUGUUUUUAUGCAGGCUGCUUUUUAACUUUGCUUAGUCUGUAACGAUCAUGUUGUUUAAGGAGUCAUUUAAACAGUAAGUAAAACCAGUCAGUGUACCUCAAGAUUUUUUAUUAAAUAAUUACCUUCUAUAGUGAAAUAGUGAAAACAGAGAAGAGCACCGACACGCACUACAGCUGACAACGAAGAUGUUAAAUGUUUGAAUGACUUAAAAAAAGAUAAGCGUUUACACAUUUUGUCGACAGAAGUGACCGAAUGAUUCGGCAACGUUUCAGCGUCAGUGUUCACGCAAAAAAAGCAAUCAGUUAAGCGAAGAGAUUAUAACGACGCCCAUGUUUACGAUUAUGAUUAGGCCUGUGCCGUGAGUGGCUUUUAGUUCAGAAUCAAAGUGAGAUGUAUGUGAUUUCUAGUAGAUUUCUACAGGCUUAUAUGUAGAUGAAUAUUUAAAAUUUGGCCAUGUGAAGGGUUUUCUCAGGCCUCCAAAAUGUGUAUGUAUUUGUAUGCGAAGUUUGUAAAUCUAGAACCCCAAUGUAGCGUCUACAGGUUGAGUAUUGUGACACAGAAAUGCCUUUAUCAUGCUCGUCAUGCUUUAAUGUUACGCCUACGUAUUUAGGGCACGUGUGUUGGUGGACAUGUGAUGUGUGCAUUAUAUACAGGUGCGUAUAAUAAGCAAAAGCUUGGACUCUUCAGGAUUAACAAGGGUGGUUUUGUUUGAUAUACUACACUGCUCAGGUAAAUGUGGGUUUAGCAAUAGAGCCCAGCAGUAGGAACAUCUCAGUGGCGUGACGGUGCUCAGUGUUCAUAUUUACUGCUCCUUUGAAAACCGUAAGAUCGUUAGAUCUCAUCUAAAGGUGUGUGUGUUGGCAGAGAAUUUGAAGUUCAGUAGUUAUAUAACUAUUCAAAUAAUUCGAGUAUUUUAUUGUUUUUAUGGUAGACGUGUAAAUAAACAUAUGGCUACUUUUAUAUGUUUUAGAUUUUUUUAAAAAAUAUAUAUAUAUCUAAAGUACUGUGAUAUAUUUGUGUGAGUUAGCAGUAUAGUUCAUGUAAAGACAACAUGUCUGUGUUUUUGUGCACAGAGUAGCGAUUACGUUUUCUCAUCGAUUAUUGUUUUUAAUUAUUAUUAUUAUUACUGUAUUAUAACUGGAACCUACCUCAUUUUAACCACUCUGAAAUAAUGGUUACUUUUUUCCCAAACAUUUUAUCCCUUCAGCUUUGUCUGGAUUGUAUUAAUCUGUUUGUUGCGAUUGAGAGUCUGUAUACAGCAGCAGUAGCAGAAUCUCGAACAUCUACCUGAGCCAGUUCGCUCAGCUCGACUGACGCUAGAUAAACGUAUACUGACUUCAGGGAUUUAAAGGUAAAACUGUGUAAGUAUUACCAACUGUGUGCAGGUUGGAUUGUGCCAGAUUUCUUUGAAUAGAUUAAAGCAGCAGUGCUAUUAAAGUGUUCAGAGUUAGUGUUCCACAACUGGAUGUGGUCUUAACACAGGAAAUGUGGCAUGCACACCACAUGGACAGUUUGGUAAGCUUUUAAAACUGUACAUGCUGUGAUUUUCUGCAAAUCAAAUGCGGUCUUUGACUUAACUGUUUGAUUCCUUGUGUUUCCGAGUCGAGAGGGUCUUGUUAUUGUGUUUUGUCCUUAGUCUGACGUUAGAAAACCCAAAUUACAAGCUUUAGUUGAACACAGCAUAACCAUACACCAUGCACCUAUAUACACAUACAUGCACAUAGGUUUAUUACAUCAAAAAUCAGAAUCUUCAUUAAAUGUAAAGUUGCAAAUAUCCAGUCAGCAAUCCUCUAUAACGUAACCUUAUUCGUUAGUAUUCUAUUAGUCUUGGAUACUGUAUGUACUCUGUAACCCUAUUUGUAGAGUAUAUCUGAAAUUCUGAUAUUUUCCUAGGAGAAUAUACUUUUUAAAUAUUCAUAUCCAUGAGAAAUCACAAGUAGUAACAGCAGAGCACAAAACCCUGUGUGGCAAUGGCAAGUCCAAUAUCUGUGUGCAGUCCGAUAUCUGUGUGCAGUCUGAUUUCUGUAACUUGAAUCUAACUAAGUUGGCGAUGAACAAAUAAAACGAUAUUUUAGACUUGCAGCCUUUAUAUAGAACAGUGCUGAAUGACCGUUGUUAUAUACAGGAUGUAUACACACCCCUGAGUGUGUGCGUGUGUGUGUGUGUGUGUGUGUGUGUGUCUAUGGUGCUCAUCCAAUUGCAAGAUACCAGAUGUUAAAGAAUUCUUGGUAAAUAUUUGUGUUUUAUUUAUUUUUAUUUUUUGUGUUUCUGUGAACCUGUUAUCUCAGGGUAUGUAAAGUCAUUUCAGCUUAUUGACUCAUUCAGGACUUUAUUAAAGAUCACUAAAUGCA